CCCAUGCCUUCCCUCCCAACAACUGCUUUCAAUGCGAAUUUAAGACCAAUAUCUUAUGCUAGAGAGAGCUACAUCUAAUUAUACAAGCUUCACAGCCUCCGUUGCUUGCCUCUAGUGACCAAACAUGGAGGGCGAGAUCAGCAACUUCAUGAUGGUAUGGACCUUGGUGGUGACUUCGCUCACCUAUUGCCACACCGUCUCUAAAUUCGUCCCUAGCGGCACUAAGAGGCUCUUGGCCAUCUCGCCGGUCAUUGUCCUCUUCUUCAUCCUCCCGCUCAACCUCACCACCAUCUCCCUCGGCGGCCUCACUUCGUUCUUCAUCGCCUGGCUUUGCAACUUCAAGCUCAUCCUCUUCGCCUACGACAAAGGCCCGCUGUCAUCGAGCCAGUCUUGGUCUUUGGCGUACUUCAUUCCCAUCGCUUGCCUUCCCAUCAAGAUUCACAAACCAAUCGAGAGCACCAAAAACGAAGAACGCCCUUGUUCGGAGAUCAACAAGAGAGGCCUCAAAUCGCCGACGAAUUAUGCCAUCAAGUGCUUGGUAAUAGUUGCCUUUUUGCCCGCCUACGAGAGGAAGGAUCGAGUUCAUCCGUUGAUCGUCAAUUUGAUGUAUUUGGUGCACGUGUACGUCGGGUUGGAGGUGUCCCUGGCCGUGGUCGGAGCCAUGAUCCGAGCACUUACCGGCAUCACGCUCGAGCCGCAAUUCGAAGAGCCAUACAUCUCGACCUCACUGCAGGACUUUUGGGGGAGGAGAUGGAACCUCAUGGUCACGGAUAUACUCCGCCCUGCUGUCUAUUUUCCCGUUAGAUCCAUUUCCAGCCGCGUGAUCGGGAGGAAGUGGGCCCCGCUGCCGGCAUCAUUUGCGUGCUUCCUCGUCUCGGCGCUCAUGCAUGAGCUGAUUUUCUACUACAUCGGACGUAAGAAGCCGAGGUGGGUGGUCACCUCCUUCUUCCUCUUGCACGGCCUCUGCGUGGGCGCCGAGAUCGCAGCCAAGAAAGCGCUUGCCGGCAAGUUCCGUCUCCCGAGGGGGGCGUCAGGACCGAUGGCGGUCGGCUUCAUCCUCGCGACGGCGCUGUGGUUGUUCCUGCCGGCCCUUUUGUGGUGCGACGCGGAGGACAAGGCGCGUCGAGAGGCCAUGGCGGUCGUGGACUUUGUGAAGGAGACUUGGAGCGUUGUGAGAUUUAGCUCCAUUGUGAAAGCUAGUAGGUGAUUUUAUUGGUUGAAGACUCGACGUGCAUUUGAUAGAUAUUUGGUGUUAGGGUGCAUUUGGUUUAGCUUUGAAAAUGAAUUUUGAGCAAAUGCAAAUAUCUUUAACCU